AUGCGGCCCUCGGUCGUCACGACCCUGGUCUUCGGACUCGCCUCGGCUGCUGUCGAUGGAAACUUUGAGCCGCCCGAACACGGGAUUCUCGUUGAGAGAACCCUAGGCCUGAAGUCCAUCUUUAUGGGCAUGAAUAUGCACAGCGGCCAUGACUUCAUGGGGCUCCUUGGAGCCAAAAAGACUGCAAUGCUGUGCGGCGAGGCGGGCAAGUUUGAUAACUUCGGCUCCUUCUGUGACACAUUGGGUUUAAAGGGCAUUUUGCAGAAGAAAUUGGAAUUCUUCAUGAAGGACAAGUGCGGCCCGCAGUUCCCUCCCCCCGGGUGGCCUCCUGGAUCUGAGGGCCAACCACCACCUCCCCCUGGACCGCCUCAACCACAACAACCUCCUGCGCCGCCUCCUGGAUCUGAUUCUCCACCGCCUCCUCCUGCGCCGCCUCAACCACAACCUCCUACAGAGACAACAGUAAUAGUUCCUCCAACUCCUCCAACUCCCCCGGGAGAAAACCCGACGGACAUAGCGCCUCCCGGCCCUCCCGGCCCUCCCGGCCCUCCUGGCUCUCCUGGCUCUCCCGGCUCUCCCGGCUCUCCCGGCUCUCCUGGCUCUCCUGGCCCUCCCGGCUCUCCUGGCCCUCCCGGCUCUCCCGGCUCUCCCGGCUCUCCCGGCUCUCCCGGCUCUCCCGGCUCUCCCGGCUCUCCCGGCUCUCCCGGCUCUCCCGGCUCUCCCGGCUCUCCCGGCUCUCCCGGCUCUCCCGGCUCUCCCGGCUCUCCCGGCUCUCCCGGCUCGGCCCUCCCGGCCCUCCCGGCUCUCCCGGCUCUCCCGGCUCUCCCGGCUCUCCCGGCUCUCCUGGCUCUCCUGACUCUCCUGGCUCUCCUGACUCUCCUAACUCUUCUGACUCUCCAGACUCUCCCGACUCUCCCGACUCUCCCGACUCUCCUGACUCUCCUGACUCUCCCGGCUCUCCCGACUCUCCCGACUCUCCUAACUCUCCUGACUCUCCUGACUCUCCCGGCUCUCCCGGCUCUCCCGACUCUCCCGGCUCUCCCGGCUCUCCCGGCUCUCCUGGCUCUCCUGGCUCUCCUGGCUCUCCUAGCCCUCCCGACUCGGCCAGCCCUACCGGCCCUGCCAACCCUCCAGAGCCCCAAGGUCCCCAAGCCCGACUCUCGGGAAAAGUUUUCCAAGCUUGUCGAAGAGUGUCUUUCGACUGCCUGUCCGUCCGAGUCCGUCGCCUCUGUCACACAAGGACUGAGCUCCGUAUGCUCGUGCUUGACCAACCCUCCUGGGCCGACCGACAGUGGCAUGCCUCCGCCACCUCAGCCGUGUCAGCCGGGAGAAAGUGGCGACUGCACUCAGGCGCAGCCACCAGCCACGGGCCCUGCCGGCCCUCCCGGCUCUCCCAUGCCUACUGGCUCUUCUGAUACGCCCGGUUCCGAUUCGCCCGGUUCAGAUUCGCCCGGUUCCGACUCGCCCGGUUCCGAUUCGCCCGGUUCAGAUUCGCCCAGUUCCGACUCGCCCGGUUCCGAUUCGCCCGGUUCAGAUUCACCCGGUUCCGACUCGCCCGGUUCCGACUCGCCCGGUUCGACCGAUUCAGCAGAAUCCCCCCCUAUAUUCGCCCGGUUCCGACUCGCCCGGUUCGGAUUCGCCCAGUUCGGAUUCGCCUGGUUCGGAUUCGCCCGGUUCAGAUUCGCCCAGUUCGGAUUCGCCCAGUUCGGAUUCGCCCGGUUCCGACUCGCCCGGUUCGGAUUCGCCCAGUUCGGAUUCGCCUGGUUCGGAUUCGCCCGGUUCAGAUUCGCCCGGUUCAGAUUCGCCCGGUUCAGAUUCGCCUGGUUCGACCGAUUCAGCAGAACCCCCCCCUAUGCCUACUGGCUCUCCUGA